GUGGGGCCCUGAGGAUCGCAGUGCGCGUGGCCGGGCGGCUGGUGUGGGGUUGAGUCAGUUGUGAGACCCCGAGCUGCUGAACCAGCGGGCUGCCCAGCAACCGGCCCCGUAGCGGCAGGCGUUGGGGUGCGGGAGCCGUGAGCUGCCUCCAUCGUAGAGCUCGGCUGAGCCGUCGCCGCCAUCGUCCCCAGCCAGCUAGCAAGCCGCCGCCGCGGGCGCGCCCCCGCUCUGCGCUGUCUCUCCGAUGGCGUCCGCCUCUGGGGCCAUGGCGAAGCACGAGCAGAUCCUGGUCCUCGACCCUCCCACAGACCUCAAAUUCAAAGGCCCCUUCACAGAUGUAGUCACUACAAAUCUUAAGUUGCGAAAUCCAUCAGAUAGAAAAGUAUGUUUCAAAGUGAAGACUACAGCACCUCGUCGAUACUGUGUGAGGCCCAACAGUGGAAUUAUUGACCCAGGAUCGACUGUGACUGUUUCAGUAAUGCUACAGCCUUUUGACUAUGAUCCUAAUGAAAAGAGUAAACACAAGUUUAUGGUACAGACAAUUUUUGCUCCACCAAACAUUUCAGAUAUGGAAGCUGUGUGGAAAGAGGCAAAACCUGACGAAUUAAUGGAUUCUAAAUUGAGAUGUGUUUUUGAAAUGCCCAGUGAAAAUGAUAAAUUGGGUAUAACUCCACCAGGGACUGCUCCAGCUGUCACUUCAAUAAGCAUCAUCAACAAGCCAGUUUCAACUCCUGCCAGUUAUAACAUGAAGAAUGACCCCAGGGGACUCAGUGUGUUCAAACAGGAGAAGCAGAAGAAUGAUAUGGAACCUAGCAAAGCUGUUCCACUGAAUGCAUCUAAACAAGAUGGACCCAUGCCAAAACCACAUAGUGUUUCACUCAAUGACACUGAAACAAGGAAACUCAUGGAAGAAUAUAAAAGACUUCAGGGAGAAAUGAAGAAGCUAUCAGAAGAAAAUCAAAACCUGAAAGAUGAAGGCAUAAGGCUCAGAAAGGUAGCACACUUGGAUAAACCUGGAUCGACCUCAACUGCAUCCUUCAGAGAUAAUGUCACCAGUCCUCUUCCUUCACUUCUUGUUGUAAUUGCAGCCAUUUUCAUUGGAUUCUUUCUAGGGAAAUUCAUCUUGUAGAGUGAAGCAUGCAGAGUGCUAUUUCUUUUAUUUUCUCUUGACCAGAAAAUGAUUUGUUUACCUACCAUUUCAUUGGUAGUAUGGCCCACGGUGACCAUUUUUUUGUGUGUACAGCGUCAUAUAGGCUUUGCCUUUAAUGAUAUCUUACGGUUAGAAAACAAUAAAUACCAACUUGUUCGGCUACUGGACAAAUUGUAUAUUACCAGAUCAUCACUAGCAGAUGUCAGUUGCACAUUCAGUCCUUUAUGAAAUUCAUAAAUAAAGAAUUGUUCUUUCUUUGUGGUUUUAAUAAGAGUUCAAGAAUUGUUCAGAGUCUUGUAAAUGUUAUUUUAAUAAUCCUUUAAAUUUUAUCUGUUGCUAUUACCUCUUGAAAUAUGAUUUAUUUAGAUUGCUAAUCCCACUCAUUCAGGAAAUGCCAAGAGGUAUUCUGUGGGGAAAUGGUGCCUCUUACAGUGUAAAUUUUCUCCUUUACCUUUGCUAAUAUCAUGGCAGAAUUUUUCUUAUCCCUUGUGAGGCAGUUGUUGACUGAGUUUUUCAUCCUUACAAUCCUGUCCCAUGGUAUUUAACAUAAAAAAAAAAUAAAACUGUUAACAGAUUCUUGCUCCAUAGCUUGUUUGUGUCUGUCGUGUCAUUAGAUGGGGAUACCAGGGAGUCCACUCUAUGAUAAUUUGAAAUUUAUAAUGCAUAAUUAUAUCUCGCAUUGAAACCCUUUCAGAUAUUACAAUAUUUGUAGGUAAAAGUCCUCAUUCUAUUAAGGAAAGGAAUUGGUAAAUUUCAAGCUACUUUGGAAUUUUGGAAGAUCAUAAUCAGUUUGUCUUCAAGAUAAUAUAAAAUAAGCAAAUAUCAUGAGAAUAAAAGUGCUGUAAUUUUUGUCAGUUUAUGUGUAUGCCUUGUGGCUCUAUUGUGUUUAUCCCAUUUUAAACAGGUUUUUUUUUUUUUAUCUUCUCAAGAAAGACUUGUUCUUGGUUGUUCUAGUCAAGUGCUUUUAAUGAGCCUAAUAAUUCCCUAUAAAUAUUUUGUAAAAAGAGUUAAAAGUAGGUGUUUUUCCUGCCCAAUUUGACACUCAAAGUAAAUUCCCAUUAUGGAAAUUUGUUAUUACUGAGCAAGCCUUGUGAAUCUUCUUUGUGAGAAAUUCCUUUAUUCUUUGCAAAUCUGUUAACCAUGUGAAACACAUUUUUUAGUAUAAAUAUCCAUUGUAGGGUUUGAAUUUAUUUCAUUUGUAUUAGCAUAGAAAAUUUUGGAAUCAUAGAAAAUCUAUUCAGUUUUUUUUACUGAGUACAAUCUAAUACAAGUGAAUUUUGAUCCUGAAAAUAGGUGUUGGUUUUGUAAAAGAUACACUUCUAUCUGAAAGGGAGAUUGGACUUUGGGACUUGAUGUGGUGCAGUGAAGCGUGUUAGGCCCAGGUCUUUGUAUACAUUUUAUAAAUGAGUGAACUGUUCUAAGUAUUUUGGUUGCCUCCUCAUUUUAAGUGUAUUUUGAUUUGUCAGACCACAUGUAUUGUGUCAUUGGCUUUGUGGUAUCUUCUUAUAUAGAACCUCUUGCUUAUAUGCAAAAGGUACUAAAAACAAACACAAGUAACACCUAUCCAUUAUUGGCAUGCUACUGCAGGUAAUGUUUCCAUUGUGUACUUUACAGUCACUGAAAAAUUCCCUUCCCUUUCUGAUAACGAAAAGCAUGCUAGAAAGUCUUGCAUUUUUGUCCCAUAAAUGAAGACUUAGUAAUUCCUUGGCUUAAAGCUCUAUAUAAUCUACAUUAUUGGUGAUAAGUACCAAGCUUGACAUUUCAUGGCUGUAAUUUUUUUAAAAAUUGAAAUUCUCAAAAUUUAACAAAAUCCCGUUUUAUGGGAAUGCUCCUUAGAAGUCAUUUUGUUCAACCCCUUUGUUUUAAAGUUGAGGAAUCUGAGGCCUGUAUGAGAGUUAAGAGAACUUUCCCCAUGUCUCAUAGGUAGGUAGAGGUAGAGCUGGAGCUAGAAAUCUGCUUUCCUGAUUCUAGUUUGGUGUCUUUUCUGGUCACUUUGUAGAAAAAAAUAUUUGUAUUAAUUUGACAUGACUGAAACAAUGAACAUAAAAUGCUGUUUAAUAAGUGUAUGUGAAAUUUUCUAUCAUAAGCUUGUAUUACAGGCUACUGUUGAAUAGUCUCAUGUAUAUGUUUGCUUUUAGUGUUUAGGCUAGAAAUCCCCACCCCCUCAUUGGUAAUAAACACUAUGAAAUACAGUGUAUUUUUAGAUAGGCAUUCUACAAAAUGCAUUAUGCAGUGGUUGGUUUUGAGAUAGAUUAUAGUCUGGGUAGCAUCUGCAAAAAGAAAAAGUGUAAGUGGGCUUCUUAAUUGCUUUACAGAUCAGGAGACUUAAUUUCUGUUCCUUUUAAUUGCUGUAUGAAAUGUGAUCAGGUUAUUUUACUACCACUGGUUAUUUUAAGAGUCCAACUGUAUUGACUGAUAACAGAUUAAAUUGUCUGUCUUCAUUCCUUACAUGUUUAGAAAUUGUUGUCUGCCUGCUUACUUGUAUGUGUAAGCAUGAGGGGAAAACAUUGUUGCUAAUACUGAAAUCACAAUCAAGAAACGAAGGCCUUAAGUUCAUAUGUGACGCUAAAUGCACUUACCUUCAUUCUUUCUAUAACUAAUUACCUUAACUUUUGCCCAUUCUUGUAUUUACAAGAAGCAAAUUUAAGGGUUAUAUUCUAAGUGUGUAACCUUUAAAAAAGUGACACUUGGAAAAAAUAUGUAUCAAAUUCAGAAAUUCUGGUCAAAGAAAAAAUAAUACUAAUUUCUUCAAGUAUCUUGCUCAGAACUUCUAAAAUUAAUAUUAUCUACGCUGGGAAUUACUUUUGGGUUGUAAUCAUUCAAAAUACGCCACUUCAAAAACAAGUUUUAUCAGCAAGGCAAAAAAGAAGAGUUCUUUCACAGUAUAAUCCCAAAUUGUGAUCUUUUGCCACUUUAAAAGCAAUCAACUAACAGCUUUCCUAGAGUUUGCACAUUCCUAUUCUGUGAUUUGGUGUGUGGGUAGAUUUUUAAAAAUUGACCUUUAUGAGAAUUAGGGGAAAAUGUUUACCAUAUGGAAAAACAACAAAAUAAGAAGGUAAAUGAUCUUUAUUUUCUAGCUUUCAAAGGAAAUUAAACUGUUCUGUGAAUAAAUAAACUGAUUAAAAAUGUAGUGAUGUGUCAUUUUCCUUUAAAAAAAACGCAACAAAAAAGUAAUGUUAUUUCAAAAGAUUGUGAUGGUUUGUAUGUUUAUGUUGUGUUAACUAAUAAUAGCCAGUUGUUGUUGACUGGGCGUUGAGUUCUGAUGACAGAUAAGAUUUUUGUCUAAUCACCGAGAGGUUAAUUGCUUGUUAGUGGGAAAUUGGGAUCAGCUGGUGCAGUGCCACAUUCACUGGCCCACACUGUUGGUAGGAGCCUUGCUUCUGUAGAGUGCUGUGCAGGAACAGUGGUGCCCAACCUGUUGGGGACUGGUGCAAAGAAGUUUGGACAUUCAUCCUUAAAGAAAAAGAACCUUUUAUCUUCCUGUGUUUCUGAUUGUAGAAAUAAUCAUGUUUGCAUUUCAGAGAAUAUGAAAACUACAUUAUAAAAAAAUAAAAAAUAAUGCCAAAUCCGA